AUGGGGACUGUGCGGGGUGCACGAUCCUCGGAUGAGGCCGAAGGGCAGCUUGAGUUCCUCCCCAGACAGAGCCUCGGCGCUGCCCCCGUCCCACAGUCCCCACACGCUGUCAUUGCAGUGCAUCUCCCCUUCGUGGCCACCGCCUGCCAGGACGCCGACCACGGUGCCCUCCUCCAGGAGCUCUGCCUCUCCCAGUUCAGGGUGGACAUGGAGGCCAUCGAGAGGACGCUGUGGUGUGACUGGAACACGACCAUCGAGAGGUAUAGGGAGCUGGCGGACUGCACCAGGUACGUGAUCGAAGAGCUGGGCUGCUAUUGGCCAAGCACGGAGGUGGACAAGUUCUUCAUCGCCGUCCACCAGCACUACUUCAGGAGCUGCCCGGUCUCGGGCAGGGCCGCGCGUGACCCCCCCAGCAGCAUACUCUGCCUCUUCACCGUGCCGCCCACCCUGGCGACCCUGCUGGUGACGGCGCUGGUGGUCUGGGGGAGCAAGCGCAGAGGUGGCCUGGUGUAGGCCGUGGCCUGGGGGCCGCCCGCCACGGAGGCCGCAGGGAGGCGGGCAGCCGCACGCCUGGCCGGGCCUGAGCCCUGGAGGCGGAGCAGGCCCCGAGGCCCCUCUUCCUCCACCUGAGAACGGCCAGCAGGGUCUCGGGGAGGCGGUGGCGCAGGUGUGAACUCGAGAGCCCGGCUGGCGGG